AUGCCUGAAGACGAUCGGAGAAUUACCAACCCAAAACGAAGUGUUGAAGAAAACAGUGUGAAUGAAAAUGCUAUUCCAAAAAAACCUGCAAUGUGCAAUUCCUUAUUGACAUCAAAUCUCAAACAGGCUCAGAGUAUUGAGAAGACACUUAAGACUUCAGGAUCUUCCUGUGAUAGUUGUAGCAACACCUUUGAUCCUGCUAUUGAUAAGAUUCUGUUGGAACCUUAUCAUUAUAUCUGUAGAGUUCCUGGCAAAAAAUUCAGAACUCGACUUACAGCAGCUUUCAAUCAUUGGUUAAAUAUUCCUGAAGAUAAACUCCAACUCAUUGCGGAAGUAACACAAAUUUUGCAUAAUGCCAGUUUACUUAUUGACGACAUUGAAGAUAACUCAAAAUUAAGGCGAGGAAUUCCAGUAGCACAUAGUAUUUAUGGCAUCCCAAUCACACUCAACUCUGCCAACUAUGUUUAUUUCAUGGGACUUCAGAAAGUUCUCACAUUGGGACAUCCGGAAGCCACAAACAUCUUUACAGAACAAAUGCUGGAAGUUCAUCGUGGACAAGGAAUGGAUAUUUAUUGGAGAGAUGCAGUUCACUGUCCAACUGAGGAAGAAUACAAAGCCAUGGUUAUUCGAAAAACUGGUGGCCUGUUUGGUUUGGCAGUAAGACUGAUGCAGAUCUUCAGCACAAAUACUAAUGAUUUCAAACAGUUGCUUGAUUUACUUGGCUUGUACUUCCAAAUCCGAGAUGAUUACUGCAACCUUAAAGACAAAUCAUAUGAAGUGAACAAAAGUUAUUGUGAAGAUCUGACUGAGGGUAAAUUUUCUUUUCCUCUUAUUCACGCAAUCAACAGUUACAAAGAUGACAAUCAAGUAUUGAGCAUCUUGCGCCAGAGAACUGAAGACAAAGGUCUCAAGAAAUACUGUGUUGAUCUGCUAGAAGAACGUGGGACUUUUACUUAUACAGAAUCAGUUCUCAUUGAAAUGGAAGAAAAGAUUCUCCAACUUAUUGAGUCAUUUGGUGGGAACCCACAUUUAGUAACAAUGAUCAAUGAAUUUAAACAAAUUUAUCGAAACUGUAAAAGUUGA